UUGACCAAAUUGACCAAAGACUAAAACCAAAGGUAUUUCCUGUAUUUUUAUCUUUAUUUUUUUGUUUUGUUUUGUACACAAUUAUGUUACAGUUAGUUUUAGGUUUUUCUAAAGUUUGGUUCUUAUUUCAGUUAACUGAAAUGUUUGUUCAAACCUAGUUUGAUGGGACAAGAAACUUUCGACAACAGUCGUUUUCUUUUGAAAGGCUUAACCGGAAGUUUGUGGUUGCUAAGUUACCAGGUUUUAAACAAUCUAGCAGCUAGCUAACUUAUAUUAUAACGUUACAAGCUAACAUUGGACUUUAGUCUGUCGAGCUUCGUGUUGUCAUUAAAUAUGUCUGGUCGGGAUCCUUUCCCCUUCCCAAAACUUGAAAACGGCUUCACUCUCAGCGGCUUCCGGCCGCAGCAGCAGAGAAGAUAUGAUACGCCAACUCACAUCGCCCAAACAGAGGAACCGUGGAGUCGCCUCCAUGAUACAGCCACCUUGGCCAGCACCCGGAGGAGUGUUAUGCAUUAUGAGCGUCAGCUCUUUUCUCAACUUCAGUCUCCAAACGACAGCCUCGACUUCCAGCUAAAGUCUGUCUACGACCACCACAAGGACUUCUUCUGGACAAAGAACGAGGUUUUAUAUCAGAAGGAGACACUGUCUGAGGACCAAAGGAAAAAGGACAACUCAAAGCAGGACCUGCUGGAAAAGGAACAAGAGAAAGACAUCAGAGUUUGGGUCGAUCCACAGAAGUGCUCCAUUUACAGCAUUAAGUGAAGCACAGGCAUCUUCAAACAAAGGCUACACUGGGGAGAAUGAUGGUAGCUUCCAGUCCUUCUCCUGUAUCUCUAACAGCGACAAUCAUCAGAGCUCUGUAAAUAAAUGGGUUCUAUCUGUG